AUGAUCCUCUACAAAGCCGAUGACGGGCUAAUGUGCAAGGUGUUUGCAAUGACCUUGCCAAGAGCAGCCCAAGACUGGUUCCACACUCUACCAUCCGGAUCGAUAAGCAGCUUCAAGGAGUUAGCUUACGUCUUCAUCAAGGAAUACACUUCUUACCAGACGAUUAAGAAGAAUCCUAACCACUUGUUCAACCUGCGCAAUAAGUUCGAUGAAUCCCUUCGAGAUUGA